ACCGUCUGGUUCUUUUUCAUGCUGCCGCAGCCCGCGCGGGCGCCGGGGAAAAACCUUGCCUCCGUCGCCCUGCCCGGCCCGGGACUGAACGCCGCGCGGUCUCUCCAGGGGACCCUACCAGGCCAGGUCCUCCGCCGUCCUCCCCGCCCGCGCACCGGGCGACAGGUGCUGCGGGCGCCGCCGCUCGCCGGGAAAUGUGAGCUACCUGGCCAGGAAUCACAGCAACCCUCUGUACCCAGUCAUGGGCCGAAGACACCGUCAUGCAAAAGGGUGAAGGCUCCACACCCGCCCCUGUCCCGGGCGUGGACGCAGGACCGCGAGCAGUCUCUGGCGGCAGCCUAUGUGCCAGUGGUGGUGGACUCUCAGGGGCAGAGCCCAGACAAGCUCAGGUUCAAUUUCUACACCUCCCAGUACUCCAACUCCCUGAACCCCUUCUACACCUUGCAGAAGCCGACCUGUGGCUACCUGUACCGCCGGGACACAGACCACACCCGCAAGCGCUUUGAUGUGCCUCCUGCCAACUUGGUCUUGUGGCGCUCCUAGGCCUGAGCCAACCAGAAGCCCCCCCCCCCUGCACCCUCACCCCUGUGACCUCAGGUUCUCAAGGGGAAAGGCUGCUCACUGCAGGAGGAGCGACCUGUAUUCGGGCCAAGGCAGCUGUGCUACGCCCACCUAUCAACAACGAUAAAGGGAGGUCUCUCUUCUCAGCAG